CCGUCCAACCGCCUGUGCACAUAAAGCCCAGCAGACGGACAGACAGACAGGCGGAGAGGAGAGAGAGCGGGACUCCGAUAGAGAGAGACGGAGAGAGGAGUCAGUUGAGGAACAAAGACACAGUCAGAGUUCACUGAUAGCCUAGUUAACCGAGAGGACAGUCAUAUUUAUACACGUUUCUCCAUCCAGCUCCAGCCCGCAAAGACGCGUGCAGCGCAGGACGCCGUGUGGUCUUCUUCAUCCACUCUGAAGCAUGGCAGAUUACCUAAUAAGUGGAGGAACGGGUUACGUCCCGGAGGACGGGUUGUCUGCUCAGCAGCUUUUCUCAGUUGGAGAUGGGCUCACCUACAACAGAUCAGACCAGCAGUCUGUCCAAGACGGACUCACAGCGGAAGAGCUAUGCUCUAAAGGGGACGGUAUGACUUACAAUGACUUCCUGAUUCUGCCUGGCUUUAUUGACUUUACCUCAGACGAAGUGGACUUGACUUCAGCCCUGACCAAAAAAAUUACUCUGAAGACGCCUCUCAUCUCCUCCCCCAUGGAUACUGUAACCGAGUCGUCGAUGGCCAUCGCCAUGGCACUCAUGGGUGGGAUCGGCAUCAUUCACCAUAACUGCACCCCAGAGUUUCAGGCUAAUGAGGUUCGCAAAGUGAAGAGGUUUGAGCAGGGUUUCAUCACAGAUCCAGUGGUAAUGAGCCCACGCCACACAGUGGGAGAUGUGUUUGAGGCAAAGGUGCGACACGGCUUCUCUGGAAUCCCUGUCACUGAGACCGGCAAGAUGGGCAGCAAGCUGGUGGGCAUAGUCACCUCCCGAGACAUCGACUUUCUCUCUGAGAAGGACCAUAACAGACCUCUGGAGGAGGCUAUGACUAAAAGAGAAGAGUUGGUGGUUGCUCCUGCUGGUGUCACACUGAAAGAGGCCAAUGACAUUCUGCAACGCAGCAAAAAAGGUAAGCUACCCAUAGUAAAUGAUAACGAUGAGCUGGUGGCUAUAAUUGCCCGCACUGACCUGAAGAAGAACAGGGACUACCCCUUGGCCUCCAAAGACUCUCGGAAGCAGCUGCUGUGUGGUGCGGCCAUCGGCACCCGCGAGGACGACAAGUACCGGCUGGACCUGCUCACACAGGCUGGUGUAGAUAUGGUGGUUUUGGAUUCCUCACAAGGCAACUCUGUAUAUCAGAUCAACAUGAUUAACUACAUCAAACAGAAAUAUCCUGAUCUGCAGGUUGCGGGAGGGAACGUGGUGACAGCAGCACAGGCGAAGAAUCUGAUCGAUGCAGGAGUCGACGCCCUGAGAGUGGGAAUGGGUUGCGGCUCUAUCUGCAUUACUCAGGAGGUCAUGGCAUGUGGGAGGCCUCAGGGCACUUCAGUGUAUAAGGUGGCAGAGUACGCUCGGCGGUUUGGAGUUCCAGUCAUCGCCGACGGGGGCAUACAGACUGUGGGCCACAUUGUGAAAGCUUUAUCACUGGGAGCAUCCACAGUUAUGAUGGGGUCGUUGCUGGCAGCAACCACAGAGGCUCCUGGUGAGUACUUCUUCUCUGAUGGAGUGAGGCUGAAGAAGUACAGAGGGAUGGGCUCUCUUGACGCCAUGGAGAAAAGCACCAGCAGCCAGAAACGCUACUUCAGUGAAGGGGAUAAAGUGAAGGUUGCUCAGGGAGUAUCGGGCUCAGUGCAGGACAAAGGCUCCAUCCAUAAAUUUGUGCCCUAUCUCAUCGCUGGAAUCCAACAUGGCUGUCAGGACAUUGGAGCCAAGAGCCUGUCCAUGCUUCGCUCUAUGAUGUACUCUGGAGAGUUGAAGUUUGAGAAGAGGACCAUGUCUGCACAGGUGGAGGGAGGAGUGCACGGUCUUCACUCUUAUGAGAAACGGCUUUACUGAAGUAGACGUACAGUGGUGGACAAGCGGAGGCCGGAUGUUGUGACCCCGGCAGUGACCAAACAAUUGCCCCAACUGACAUCCCCAAACUAACACCCUAUUAGCCAGCCCAACUCUGCCUUGCCGUCCUUCACUGUCACUGUCCUUCAGAUAGAGAGAGAUGAGGAGGAAGAAGGAGAGAGAGGUAGCGUUAACACAACUGGUUCUAACGAAAUUAAAAAAAAAUACAAAAACGCACAAAAAAACCUAACAAACAAAAAACACUUUGCACUCAUGGAGUAUCAAGGUUUACCAAAAACAAGAUCUGACGCUGCAUGUCCUCAAUCUGCGUGUGUGUACGCAGUGGAAGUGAAGGAGGAGUGUAGAGAGUGUACUAGAGAGUAAAGACUCUCCUGCCUCAGCUGUGAUAUUGUGCUGUACCACACUGCGGACCCUGCUUCUGUCAGCAAGUCUGCGACUAAAGCUUCAAAGCCAGCAUCCUCAACCAUACUCCCUGUGCGAGAGCCUCCAAAAAAAAAAAACAGUGCGCUAGAACUAUCGAGCCAAUCUUUUGUGUAGUUUGAUUUGUUACAUUUUUUUAUAAAUUGAUGAACAAGAGGUAUGUUACUUCUA